GAAAAACAGUCUUAAAAUUAUAUUUUUAAUAAUUUAAUUAAUUUAGAAAUUAAGAUAUUUAGUUAGUUAUUUAAAGAAAAUCAAGCAGCAAUAUAAAAAGCAUUCAAAUAAAUGGAUAAGAAAACUUAAGUUGUCGUCACCUCUAAUCCAAGAGGAAAUAACAUCAGUCAAGCUGAAGUUGAAUAAUGCAUUAAAGAUUUAAAUGAUUGGUUCAAAACCAAUGCAUAAUCAGUUGCAAAAGACCUCCAAUCUGUUAAGCCUGCAACUGAUAAGCAAAUAGAUGAUCUUUAGGAUAAUGUUAAGCUCACUAUUCCUAAGGAUUUAAUUGCAUUGCUUAAAGUUGCUGAUGGCAAAUUCUAGCUUCACGAUUCUUAUAAAACUCUUUCUGUUUAAUAAAUCAUUGAAUAAAACGAAGUCAAUGCAGUCUCCGCUUUCUGGAAAAAGAAUUAUCUCACUGUCGCUUAGGAUAUUGACAGCAAUUAUUUAAUUAUUGAAUGCAAUAAUGAUGGAACUUCAGGAAAUGUUGUUACAUGGAAUAAUGAUGAUGGUGUUUCUGAAGAACUUAAUCAUUCUUUUGGAUUGUACUUGGAAAACAUUAGAAACGGUCUCUUGAAAAAGGAACUUGAAUACAUUGAUGAAGUUGGCUUAGUAGAAAGAGCUAAUUGA